GUAACAUAUGCACAUACGUUUUAUCCGUUAUAUCAAGUUUCCUAUUUCUACGUAUCAGAAUUGAUUUUCUGUUCUUGUUCGACACUUGUCUGAAGCUCCAGUGAGACAAUUGGACAGAAGAAAGAAGAUGAUGUUGCUGUUUAUUCCUAUUCUAUUGGUUGCGGUUGUAAACGGUGCUGCGGUAAUACCAUGCCCAGGUCCAGGGGAUGUUGUGUUUGCCAUAGACGGAUCAGAAAGUAUACACAGAGAAGAUUUUAAGAAAGUGAUUGAUUUCACACUUAAAACUACCGAAUCCUUUGAGUUUGGCUCAAGUAAAGUCCGAGUUGGCGCAUUGGUAUAUAGUACUGCUAUCCCAGAUUAUUUCAAGCCAUCUGAAAAUUCUGGGGUCGUAAAAAGUAGAAUAUCGAGUUUCAAACACCCUAGAAAUAGCUCUAGGACAGACCUUGCCCUUGCUUAUAUGAGACAGAAUCUUCUAAGAACUCCACGUACUCGAGUAGGCGUUAUUAUCACGGAUGGAGAAUCGAUAAACCCAAUUGAAACAAAAGCAGAAGCUCUUAAAGCAAGACAGGAUAAUAUAACUCUUAUUGCAAUAGGAAUUAACAUCAGACCGAGUGACCAACAUGAAAUUGAUGCAAUAGCAGGAAACAAAACCUGGAUAAAGAAUGUUGAUAAUUACAGUCAACUGGCAAACACGACGGUUCUAACUGAGAUAGCAGAAUUAAUUUGCAAAGCUAUGCCUCCAGGGCCGUCCGAACCAGAAGAUCCAAAGGGUGGUGAUAUUCGACCAAUUAUAAUUGAUCCUUUGUGUGAAGGGUGCAUAAUAGACAAUGGAUUCGGGUACAACUACUAUAAAUACGAUUGUUCUAAAUUUGUGAUGUGUUACCCAAGUGAGGACAGCCAUGGGAAUAAGAUAAUGACGUCUGCGGUCAAACAGUGUGCUUUUAGCACCUUCUGGUCUCAGGAUGACCUGACCUGCGUUAGAACGGAAGACACCGAAUGUCAAUACAGUAUAUGUAAAGGAAAAACAGACGGGAAAACGUUGCCUUACGUUGGUUGUAGAUCGUAUUGGAAGUGUCAAGACGGCGUACCUGAACCAAUGUGCUGCCCAGCUGGUCAACAUUAUGAUAAUAAACAAUCCAAAUGUGUUGUCGGGAUAUCAUCAGCAUGUUCCGGUGUAAGUUGUGAUGGUGCAGCCAGAGCUUCCCUACGAAAGAAACCAGCAUGUGAUUACGAGGAGAAUUCUAAAGAUCCUGCUACAUAUUACCAAGUACUGAGAGUAAAGGGGUUUUCUGACAGAAAGUUCCUACGCAGCUGUGCUCCUGGUACUAUUUACAGUGAUCUAGACUGUAUGUGUGUAAUGGAUUAUGAUGGAAUUGCCAAAAAGACCGCUUGUAGUGCAAUGAUUACCCAAGGUGCAAAUGGUCAGUUCUACUAUCAGAAAGACAUGAAUUUACCAUUUGGAAAAUCAAACUUAGACUUGACCUCUGAACCAGAUGCUAUGACCUUCAAUUCAAAAUCCCAUAUCAACAUAUGGCGUCUUGCCAACCAUGAAUUCAUGGACUCAUUCGGGGUCGAGAUGAAUGUGAAACUCACUCCAUUUACCGGAAAGAAGGGAUCUAAAACUGAGCAGAUCAUGUUAAACUGUCUCCAUAGUGACGCAGUACUGGAGGAAGACCAAUGCUCGCCUUCUAUGUCUCUACAAGUCAGAAAAGAACAAAAGAAGUACACAUUCAUCGCACAAUUGUUUACACGCACUGAUAGAGGAACUGAAUAUAAUAAGACAAUCUCCAGCACAGUAUCUUCCUCAAGUGGCUACAAGGGAUACAUUCCUAUCACAUUUGCAUAUGAUGGCGACAAUUUUGCAUUGAAGGCUGACAGCAAUGAGCAAUCUGUACCUUUGUCAGGUUGGAUACAGCGAAGACAGACCGGCAUGGUUUUUGGACGUCCAACAAUUAGAAAUACCGCAGUUGGUUUCUUGGAUGGCAGCUUAAAAGAGAUAAACGUUUACGAUUGUAUCCCGCUAUCAAUCAAGGACGCACUAACAAUAAUGUAACCUUCGCUGGACUACAGACCAUGGACCGUUGACCACGCACACCAGGACAAUCCAAACGAACUAAAUAUAUACUUUCUAAAAAAUUUUCUCACGAAUCUAAAAAUAAACUAUUUUCAAAAUUCAACAAAAUUGUAAACUAUUCUUGGUAAUCUAAAAUGUAUGUCAUAUUCUAUCUUUAAUAAACUUCAUGCAUAUUUGAAA